AUGACUACAUAUUCUUCCACUCCACUCUUCGGCGGCGCCCUCAUAGUCGACCUUCCAUCUACAUUCGCUGACGUCAGUACAAUAAGACAAGUUCCCGACCAUCAAGAAGUCUAUUUAGAUAAAGAUGGUUUUACCAGUAUCAUAUUCGAUAUCACCGAGCGAGUUGGUACUGCGGGCUCUAGCCCCGCGACCGAUGGAGCGGCUAUGACGACCCAUUUGGAGGAUAUUGUUGAUUCCGAUUUGGACACUGUGAAAGUAUGGUCGAUUACCGAUACUAAGUUUUCUAAAUUGCCCGAAGACACACCCGCCUACACACUCAUCGCUACUCAAACACCACCUCAUGAUCCCAACUCCCGCGCCUCAGCUCCAGAUUUCACAGCCAUAGUUCUCAAUCUCAUCCGUUUAGAAAGAGAGAGUACAGAUAUCUUGGUAACAAUUAACGUGCCUCAUAUUAAAGGCGAAUAUUCAGCCGAUGAUGUGGAUUUGCAAUUAGGGAAACAGGGGAAAUUGAUUGAGAAUGCUGUUGAACAUGCAGCUAAGAUUUGGGAAACUUUCAAGAUUAAGGAUUGGGGUCUUUUUGAUGAGGUUUAG